AUGGAAAAGUGGGCUGGGAAAAUCGCAGUUGUAACUGGUGCUUCAGUUGGCAUUGGUGCGGCAAUUGUGAAGAAUUUUGCGAAGAAUGGAAUUGUUGUGAUAGGAUUAGCAAGACGAAGUGAGAAAAUUGAAGAAAUCGCAAGAAAUCUCGAUGGAGGUUGUGGAAAAAUUUAUGUUAAAAAGUGCGACGUGUCUGAUCUUAAAUCAAUCAAAGAAGCAUUCAAAUGGAUUGAAGAAGAAUUCGGAGUCGUUCAUAUCAUAGUAAAUAAUGCUGCCAUACUUUUUAAUGGAAAAAUUCUUGGGGAAGGCGAAGAAACAGCUGAAAAUUUGAACAACGUCAUCAACACUAACUUAACUGGAGUUGUUCAUUGUACACGAGAAGCUGUCCGUCUCAUUAAAAAUUCUAAUGAACAUGGAAUGAUUAUCAAUAUUAACUCAGUGUUGGGACAUAAUAUUCCAUUUUCGGGAGCAAGACUGAAUGUUUAUCCACCAACAAAGUACGCGCUAACAGCAAUGUCAGAAGUUUUACGUCAAGAAUUGAUUGUCGAUAACAACGAGAAAAUUCGUGUGACAAACUUGAGUCCAGGCUCUGUCAAAACUGAUAUUGUUGUGUCUGGUGGAUUUGCUGAUAACAACGAUGACUACUUUAAACAAAUGCCAUGUCUAUCAGCUGAAGAUGUGGCAGAGACAGUUUCAUUUCUUCUCGAAACACCUCACAAUGUCAACAUAUCUCAAUUGACCAUCAUGCCAGUUGGCGAGCGAUGA